AUGGACAAUGAGUUUCCAGUAGCCUGUGGCCCAGGGUCACCAGGACCCUGUCAAUCUGGUGGGCCUCCAAGAUCCAGAGUGAUUACUUCAGUAAGCCCUAGCAUGAAUUCUUCCUUCUUCCUCCUCACUGGAUUUUCUGGUCUGGAGCAGCACUACCCCCGGUUCUCCAUCCCCUUCUCCUCUAUCUAUGCCAUCGUGCUUGUGGGCAAUUGCAUGGUGCUCCAUGUGAUCUGGACCGAGUCAAGCCUGCACCAGCCCAUGUUCUACUUUCUGGCCAUGCUGGCCCUCACCGACUUGUGCAUAGGGCUGUCCACCAUGCACACGGUGCUGGGGAUCCUGUGGGGGCUCAUUCAGGAGAUCAGCCUGGAUUCCUGCAUUGCCCAGUCCUACUUUAUCCAUGGUCUGUCCUUCAUGGAAUCCUCUGUUCUCCUCGCUAUGGCCUUUGACCGCUACGUCGCCAUCUGCAAUCCACUGCAUUAUUCCUCCAUCCUGACUAACUCCAGAAUUAUCAAAAUUGGGCUCACCAUAUUAGGUAGGAGUUUCUUCUUUAUUACACCCCCCAUCAUCCGUCUGAAGUUCUUCCAUUAUUGUCAUCCCCACGUCCUCUCUCACUCUUUCUGCCUGCAUCAGGAUCUUCUCCGCCUAGUCUGUUCAGACAUUCGGUUCAAUAGCUACUAUGCCCUGAUGCUAGUCAUUUGCACACUGUUGUUGGAUGCUGUACUCAUUCUCUUAUCCUAUGUCCUGAUUCUUAAGUCAGUCCUGGCAAUUGCCUCUCAGGAGGAGCGGCAUAAGUCAUUUCAGACCUGCAUCUCCCACAUCUGUGCCGUCGUUGUAUUCUACUUUCCCAUCAUUAGCCUCACAAUGGUGCAUCGUUUUGGCAAGCACCUCUCUCCUGUAGUCCAUGUUCUCAUGGGCAACAUCUACAUUCUUUUCCCACCUUUGAUGAACCCCAUCAUCUACAGUGUCAAGACCCAGCAGAUUCGUACCAGAAUGCUCAGACUCUUUUCUCUGAAAGAAUACUGGUCUUAG